GUGUUAUUCAUCCAGUCUCGUAAUAUACCUCCGAGCCUUACCCUAAACGGCACACCAUCGGGAUUGAUACAACCGCUUGCGUGCUUUUGAAAUGCGAAUCGCUUUUGCUUUGCGCGCGGGACUUAAAUCGAUUCCGCGGAUCGCGAGCGCCGCAGCGAACGCAGUCGACGACUCUCCGCCCGUGCGCGCGACGCGUGAAGUUAAACAAAAAAAUUAAUUAAUAAAUUUUUAAACGUUUAUUGUUUUUAAACUCCACAAAAUCAUGACUUCCACAACUUCUGUCUCCAAGGGGUGCUUUGCCUUUAAGCCUUCUGUCAAGAAAAAGAAAAGUAACGACGAGGUGUGCUUCCAGAACGAGAAUGGCGAGGUGACCAGGGAGAGCCGUUUGAGGUUUGAAACCUACCAGACACUCAGCCAGGAGCUGAAGACAUCUGCUGAGGCAGUGCAUGUCGAGAUGAAUGCCCAGGUGUUUGAGAAGAUGAUCUCCUUCCUGUCGGGAGCUCGAGGGGUGGCCUCAGACAACCUUCAGAGCUGGGCAGAGCGGCAGAGAUCUAACGAAAUUCCGACAGCCGCCUUUGUCACAGGCGUGAACGUAGCGGAUCACGAGGUGGUGUUCCAAACGCUGACGGAGCGGCUGCGUGAGUCUGUCACGCCGCACAUCGUGUCCCUUCAGCCGAAGGAGUGCAGAGGGCUGAAGCAGGCGGUGCAGAAGAUUCUCGGUACGCUGCUUGGGAGGCAGAUAUCGUGCGAGGACGACGAGGGAGAAAGUGACGACUUGGGCGACAGGAAGCCCUUGUCGGCAUGGCGGGUGCUGCCAUCGUUCUCCGCACUGUGCAACUGGUACUCGUCUCUGCCGCAGCCUGUAUCGGACCAUGUGAAAGGCAAGCGGAAGGUGAGCGGGCGGCACAGCACGACUCCCCCCAUCGUUAUCAUCCUUCGGGAGCUCGAGAGCUUUCCGCCACGUGUGCUGCAGGACCUCAUCCGCAUCUGCAGUCAGUACGUGGACCGGCUACCCCUGGUGCUGGUGCUGGGUAUCGCCACGUCGCCCCUGGCACUGCACCGCUUGCUACCGCACUCCGUGUCAUCUCUGCUGUGCGUGGAGCGAUUCCAGACGCCGCCUGCCACCGAGUUGCUCUCCUCUACACUCGACCAGCUGCUGCUAACGGAUCGCUUCCUCUUCAAACUGAACGGCAAGGCCCUGCAGGUGCUCAUCGGAAUCUUCCUCUACCAUGACUUCUCCGUCAGGAACUUUGUCAAGGGCUUACAGUUUGCCAUGAUGGAGCACUUUUACGAGCAGCCGCUUAGCGUGCUGUGUAUGCCGCCGUCCAGCCUGAAGGCUCACGUCAAGUCACUCGGGCCGGAGCUCUGUGAGGCCGUGCGCCAGGCCCCUUCCUUCCGCCGGUACGUGGAGGGUAGGAAGGCAAGUGAGCAGGACCGACUCCUGACCGAUAACGAGUACCUUAAGGACACUGUGUGGAUCCUGCUGUCUGAGCUUCACCGAUACCAUCGCCGGUUCUUCCUGAUGCUGCGGGGCCUGCACACCUUCACACACCAGCUGCCCGGACACCCACUCGGCAAGCAGGUGCGGGAGCUGUACUGCAGCGUCCUCGAGUCGCCCGUGUGGGAAAGUGAAGGCUACUCAUCCGCCAUGCAUCUCCUCCGGAUGCUCGCCCGGGAUGAGCUCUGCUGUCUGCUGGAGAGCUGUGUGGAGCAGCUGUCGGCUGCCCCUACUGAUCCUGAGCUACAGGGUGCGGUCACGUCCCUCCAGGGUGUCCUACAAGGCCUGCAUGCACUUGGCGAGCCCGGCGAGGCACCCAACGUCGAAGAGAUGGCGUUGCCGGCACAAAAAGUGCCAGUGCUUGGAAAAACUGACCUGCACCAGCUGCAGAAGACACUGAUGGAGAUGCAGGCGGCGAAGAAGCAGCAGAAGAAGUCGACUCCCUACGAGGUGCUCCGUACCAAAGCUCUGGAUCUGCUCAACGAUCUGGUCAGGAAAUACCUGCAGCCACCUGAAGGGCAGACGCUGCACGAAGUGAGCUACUUUAGCGACUCCUCCACACUGAAGCAGCACCUCAACGCGUCGCCACGUGCAGCCAUCCAGAUGGCGCUCACCAACCCUUACUACUACCUGCAGAACAAGGCCUUGCGCAGCACGGAGGGCAGCAUCACCAACAUGGCUCCAGAUCUAUGCAUCGCCUAUAAGCUGCACCUGGAGUGCGGUUGCAUGAUUAACCUGUACGACUGGCUGCAGGCUUUCCAGACAGUUCUGCAAGCCGGGAAGGACUCUGAAGAGGCUGAAACACCUCACGUCAUUGACCAACAAAUUCACGCACGGUUCAUUCGUGCCGUCUCCGAACUGCAGUUUCUGGGCUUCGUCAAGCCCACCAAGCGCAAGACAGACCAUGUGGCUCGUCUGACUUGGGGUGGCUGCUGAGUCAGCCAUCCUGCUUGGUGGUAAUAUUGCAUAGAUGGAAAUGUCAACAAAUAGUUUUUCAAUUAGUGAAUAAACAGUGGAUAUGUCGUAGUCAUUAUGGAAAAUACUACCCACCAAUGAAAAUGCAAAGGUAAUUUAACAUGAUCAGGCUCCAUUGCAUAAGUGUGGAUUAGAUUUCCAAACAGAAUGCAAAUUAAAUCAACGGACCACGACUGGACUGGCUUGUAACAGGUCCCUGCAGGGUGGGCUGGUAGAAGUUCGCAAAUGAGAUAGUGACUUCCAAAUGUUGGGGGCAAUAAGACAUAUCAAGUCUCUGCGCUGUCUAUUGCUGAUUUUACACCCAACAGCACGAGAUUUCACUUCGUUAAAGUAUUUAAAGGGGACGGACGGACACAUUAAUCUAUUGCAGGCUGGUACACUCAGUUUACAACUUCGUUCCUACCAGUAUAAAACAUUGACUGCAUGCAUGGCGGUGCUUCAAGGAUAGUCAAGAUAAUCCAGUUCCCACUGCACUGCAAUAGGUUCUUGUAAAUACUCACAUGCUGUAAAUAUUAAUGCGGUUUGUGCUUUAAUAAACAUUUACGAUUUGCACAUUGAA